AUGGCGACGGGUGUCUUGCGAAAUUUCCUGCUCCGGGUGCCGUCCCCAGUCUAUUUCCCCCCUGAGGAAGAAGUGGAGGAUGAUGAUGAGGAGGAGAAGGGUUCCAUAGAUGAAGAAGAGGAGGAGGAAGCUUCGGACCCCCGGACGUCAGACCCUCAGGAUGCGACAGAGCGUCUGUUGAGGUUUGCCGACAUCAUCAGUCGUGAUGUCCGGCGAUAUUUUGGUCGAAGGGAGGUCCGGAAUGUUUACGACCAGGAACCUGUCGAUUCCGCUAGUGGGCGUCUGCGUUAUGACGACUUCCUGAGGCUGGCUGAGGUGACCCCGGGGGCGGCAGCCGAGGGGCGUCCCUCCUCAGAGCUGGGCCCACUAGCAGAGCUUUUUGAAUCCAGGGGGAAAAGCCAAGCCCGGCCUAUGAACGCCAGGCACCUGCCGCUUAGUUUCUGGACUGAGCCGGACCCCCCUGAUGGGGACGCCCGCCUACGGGACAGCCACACAAACUAUAGCCUGCACACGCUUGAAAACUCCCAACCUGACUUUAGCGACCUGCUGGCCAACUGGGAUCCCACAAUGGACGACACCAAUGUGCUGCACUGA